AUGACCUAUCAUGCCGCAUCAGUAUUGCUUACAAUUUACCUCACCUUCGCCGCCUGCCCGUACGACAGGUUUGGGAUCGGACCGUGCGUCCUUGCCAUACCGACCAAUGCCGAACCGCCGAAGGAAAUAGUAUACCCCAAAUGUACCGGACCGGGUGAACCGGGUCAGUGCCAAACGUUCGACUACCGGUAUCGCUUCGAGCAGACGAUCAACAACUGUACGCAGUUCAUCUGGGGCGGAUGCGGUGGCAAUCUGCAGAACAAUUUCGAAACGUACGAACAGUGCAUGCAGCAGUGUGCUAAUGAAACACAGACGCCCCAACCGCCGGUACCACUGACGACCACCGUCGAUCCGUACUCGUCGAGCGUACGCACCCAAACACAGGAGGCAUGGUCGCUGCAUUCGUCCAGCAGUACGCUUGCCCCGGUGCCGGACGAAAUGCGUGGCUCCGAGCUAACGUUCAAGGAGACGGGCUACGAGAAAACGUUCAUGUUUGCCAAAAACAACACCUUCAUUCAGAUGGACGGCGAAACCAUACAGACGUUUCAGCUCAGGCUCUGCCGGGAGAUAUCGUUCCAGUUUCGGACGCGAUUACCACAUGGGCUGCUCGUGUAUCACAACGUCAAGACGCCCACCGGUGUGAAGCUCGAUCCGUACGCGCUGUACGUUAUCGUGGAGAAGGGCCAGCUCAAAGUGGUGCACGUGUUUGGCAACCAUUCGACCAGUGUCACGGUCGGCGAGGGUCUUAACCGGGACGAGUGGCACAGCGUUAUGGUACGGAUCGAUGUGCACGGUGCCCGGCUGAUAGCCCGUGUCGACAACAACAAGGAGGAGGUGUACCUAAAGGGAUUAAAUCACGAAACCAAUUACGGCGUAUCCAUCAAUCUGAUGUCGGUUGUGCUGGUUGGUGGGCUCAGCUCGGAAGAAAAACUGCACGGUGUGAAAUACAUCAUUGAGUCAUUUGUCGGCUGCAUACGGAACGUGGUGCUGAGCUCGGGCAAGGCCGCCUCGGACCUGCUCCCAAUAACGCCACUGAUCGCGACCAAGCACGAAAACGUGAAGGAAGGCUGCCGGAACAAAUGUCACUCGCGGCAGAAUCUCUGCUUCACCGGUUCGCGGUGCAUUAAUCACUACUAUGACAUAUCGUGCGAUUGCUUCGGUACCAGAUACGAGGGCGAACACUGUGACAUCUACACUGCGACAGUAUUAACGCUGCGAGGUUCGAGCUAUGUGUCCUACAGGAUCUACGAUUGGAAGGAUCGAGUCCACUCGCCCCUGACCCGGAUCAGCAUGAUGUUCAAGACGAACUACGACGAUUCCGCCCUGUUCUACGCGAGUGGUGAAUCACUCAAACCGCAGUACAUUGCCGCCUCCAUCAAAAACCAUUCGGCGUACAUUGAGCUCGACUUUGGCGAUGGUGUGAUGAGCGCAACGUUGGGCCAAGACCUUACGCGUCACUAUUGGCAUAAUCUUACCAUUCUCCACGAGCACGACAAGGUUAUCGCCAUUUUGGACGAUCACAUACGCGUGCUGGACCUCUUGGGCCCAAUCCACAACUUGCUGUUCGAUCCGGAAAUCUACUUCGGCGGUGGUCCAAACCUAAGCAAACGGAAGGGUUUGGCAUCGAGCAACAACUUUGUCGGUUCGCUCAAGUACGUCUUCUACAACGAUGUGUCGGUGCUGUUCGAGCUGAAGAAGGGCAACCCGAAGGUCCACUAUAUCGGCGUGCUGGAGGAAGAGUUCUUCGAAGCGAACGUUGAGGUGAUUCCGAUUACCUUCUCGUACGCGAAAUCACACAUCUGGUGGCCGAUGAACAAUCCCGACACGCUUUCGCUUAAGUUUGACUUCAAGAGCAGCAAGGCAACGGCGGUACUGGCGUACAGUGAGGUGAAAACAAGCGAAGGCCACGGAUUUUGGGAGCUACGUUUGGCAACCGAUCGGCUAAGCUUCGACCUCUGUCCGGACGUGAAGAGCAACGUCACACACACCACGUACAUUCGCAUCGAAAAUCCAACCUCGUGGCAUUCUAUCCAGCUAACGUACGAGCGCAACGACAUCAAGUUCGUCGUCGACUACCGGCACUCGGUAACGCAAAUGUACGGGCUCUCAUUUAACAUCGGCGAUAAGCUCAUCAUCGGCAGCAGCCUUAAGGCGGCCGCAUCCGGUCUGGUCGGUUGUCUGCGUGAUCUUAAAAUCAACGGGGUGGAAAUCGAACCGCGAUACCUCGUGAAAAGCGAACGUGUGGUGGGUGACGUUUCGCUCGACAACUGCAAGUACGUCGAUCCGUGCAAGAAACCGAACACCUGCGAGCAUGGUGGCAAGUGUGCGGUAAAGGAUGAUGGUAUCAUCUGCGACUGCAAGGACACGGGCUACAUCGGCAAGAACUGUCACUUUACGAAGUUCCGCAAAACGUGCGAAGAGUUGGCACUGCUCGGUUACUCCAAAUCGGACGUCUACUCGAUCGACAUUGAUGGCAAUGGAGUGUUCCCGCCGGCGCGGGUGAAGUGUGACUUCCAGAGUUUGGCGAACGCAACCAAAACGAUUGUCGAGCAUAACCUACCGUCGCAGGUUGAUGUCCGAUCGGCAUCGGAUGAGGAUUUCAGCUUCAACAUUCAGUACCGUGAGUUUAGUGCGGAGAUGCUGCAGGAACUUAUAUCGCACUCGCUUUACUGCACGCAGUACAUCAAGUACGAUUGCAUUAAGGCACCGCUGGAGUUACAUUCUUCGACUUGGUUUAAAUCUUCCAGCAACAACAACACGGUUGACUCCCUCGGGGAGGUUAAAAGAGGUACAUGUCCUUGUACAAUCAGUAAGAACUGUGAAGAUGACAACCAUUCCUGUAACUGCGACGCGAAUCUUAAUCGAUGGCUCUCGGACGAAGGAUACUACAAGGAGCCACCGAACCUUGGCAUAACGCAGAUGUACUUCCUGCAGCAGAAGAAUCUAGACGAGGAGUCCCAGGGACGGAUCACACUCGGCCCGCUAGAGUGUGUCGAAACGAAUACCCAAAAGUAUGUCGUCACGUUUACCACGUCCCAGUCAUACAUUGAGGUUCCUGGAUGGCGUAAAGGUGACAUUGCGUUCUCGUUCCGUACGACCGGUGAAAAGGCCAUUCUGCUCUUCCAACCACCGAUACGCUCCAACUAUCCCUCGUUCAUGGUGGCACUGACCGGGGACUAUCAGUUGACGUUUAAUUUCACGCUAAACACUGGCACACCGAAGACGCUCGUGAUCGAUACGAACCGGAAGCUGAAUGGUGGCGAAUGGCACAAGAUUUGGAUCGAUUACAAUGAACAUCACGUACGGUUUAUGAUCAACACUGAUACGCGCAUGGUCGAUCUGCAGCCCGAGGAAGAAUUUGGCCCCUUCGAGGGCAGUAUGUUCAUUGGUGGGGCUCCCACUGAAAUCUCCAAGAAGUACACCGUUAAGCAAGGGCUGAUCGGUUGUUUCCGUGGGCUCGUCGUGAACGGGGAAAUUCUUGAUAUCUACAGCUUUAUGUCCGUGCACCUGUCAGAGAUCAUUAAAGACUGCAAACCGUCCUGUGUUCCGAACCCGUGCAAGAAUGGUGCUUACUGUCGGGAACUUUGGAGUACGUUUGAGUGCGUGUGCCAGAACCGUUGGGCACACCUUGGACAGCACUGUGAGACGAACAUCAACGAAGAUGCACUAACAUUCAUCAGCCGAGAGUCGUACCUGAAGCGUAACUAUCUAUCCGAUCCAGAGGAUAUGCGUGACGAACGGGAGAAACUACGAGCGAUACUGAACUCCUCGUUGCUGGUAAACCUCCGCACCUAUGACAGGCAUGCGUUCGUGCUGUACGCAAACGAUCACUACAACAACUUCAUUCAUCUGUAUCUGACCAACCGAAGUGAGGUCGUUUAUCUGUACAAUUAUGGCAGUGACAUUGUCAAUCUCACUAUCGAACACAGCGAACUGCACAAUGCACGAAGCAUUCAGGUGGCAGUUAUACGUACCGAUUCCAACACAACGUUGUACGUUAACGAAAAGAACGUCACGGUAGAGCGUGGAUUCCUGCUACUCGAUGAGUACUCCAACAAACCCUGGACGAAUCCGGAACUCGAGGUUCUAUCUCCACAUCGACCACCGGCACCUCCAACGGAAUACUUCCAAUUUAACAUCGGUGGAUAUGAUCCGGCCAACUUACUGCGCCCAAAUCAGGACACGGCAGAGCUGGAGGGUUAUAUUGGAUGUAUCAGAGGGCUCAAGAUAGGGGAGAAUCUGAUCUCCUUACGUGAAAUGGCCACCCAGAACAAUGCACAUGUUACCGAGGGCGUGCUGAACGGUUGCCAGAUGAAGUGUGACGCUGAGCCGUGCAAAAACGGUGGCAUCUGCACGGAGAACUUCGUGCGGCAGGAAAGCACCUGCAACUGUGAGCAUACGAGCUUCCUCGGUGAAUUCUGCUCCGAGGAAAAGGGCGCCAGCUUUAGCGGCGAGGCAACGUUGCUGCGUCGGCUGGCGUUGGCCGAGAGUGUCGGUGCCGUGCGGUUACAGCUGGCCUUUUCCAGCCACGAUAUGCGUCGGGCGAACCGGGUAAUGCUGCUGCUGCAGUCACGCAACGACCGUAGCUACUAUCUGAUGGUGGCCAUUACCGCUGAGAACCAUCUGUACAUCGAGGAGGACCGGGAGGGCGCGACGCACGCGGCACGCAUCGAGGGCAACUUUAUGGAUGAUGCGCGCCAUUCGGUGUACUACACGCGGCACGGUGACGAUGCAUCGUUGCUGGUCGACCGGGCACAGAUUCCGAUCAAGACCGUACCGAACAAGCCGCUCGUGCCGGUGUCGGAUCCCGGUGCCAAUCACGUUCAGAUCGGUGGCGUUAAUACGACCGAUCCCCGGUUCGCGGUGUACAAAAGCUACGAUGGCUGUCUGUCGAAUAUCUUCAUCCAGGUCAAUAAUGAAACGAUGAAACCGCUGGAGGAGUACAUGCUGUUCACCAAGAGCGAAGCGGAAACCAUUACCGUCAUCAACUCGCAGGGCGUACGGUCCGCACAGUGCAAGCAGUUCGACGUCAUCCAGAAGCUGACGCCUUUCAACGAACCGGCACUCAAUAUGACCUCGAUUAUCGAUAAGAACUGGGUCGUCGAUGCACCAACACGCGUCCCGUACAAAGCGGUCUACUUCGACCCGUCCACUAAGGAGGAAAAAACGCAAGUUGUGUUCAUAACGCUGACGGCCAUCUUUGUUAUCAUCGUCGUGUGCUGUUUGAUUGAGGUGUACCGUACCGACCGGGAGUACCGCAAGCGCAUCGAACGCCAGACGGAUGAGGAUAUUAUCUGGUCCAAGGAGCAGGCAGCUAAAAUGCAAAACGAAUCGACAACGAAUGUUAAAGGAUUCGCAUACAAAUCGAUCCCCGGCGACGAGAAGAAGGACAACGGCACGAAACCUUUGGUGGGCAUACUGAAGAAUGGCAAUGUGACGACACCGACGGAAAAGCCCCCGGUGGAAACGACACCGGCAAACAAUACGGAAACUGGUGGUAUUCGUGACAGUCAACUGCUUGAUCACGAGCUGCAGUGGGAAUCGUUGGUGGCGGAAGAGCACGAAUCACUGCUGAAGCAGGAUCCCUCCAAAGAGCUUCGCGCGAGCAAUGGGGACGGUCCACGGAGUCGUAUCGCCAACGGUAACCACCACGUGACCGAUCUCGACCACGACCCAUCCGCGCCGGAUGAGAACGAGGACAGCGAGCUAACCGAUAACCCGGAUGGAAUAGUACGCUCACAGCUGGCACCGCACACGGUCCGCCCGGAUCUCAACGUUUCCUUCGCUUCUGCCAUACCCACCACUUCGGAGGACGUAGCGCUUGCGUAUAAUGCUUCCGCUGAUGAUGAUGAAGAUGCCGCCGCUGGUAGAGUGGUCAUCACCCCAGCGUCUACUCAUGCUUGUCAGCUCGAUAUUGCAGGUGCAGAUGACAGCGACGGCCGACGGGAAGUCCCACUAGAGCCGAAACCAUCCUUCCGUUACAAGCGCCAAAAGCGGGCACCGAUCUAUCUCGGACCCGAUCGGCGCCAGUAUGCCAAUCCGAUCAGCUAUCUCGGUGGACCGCGGUAUGAACUUACCAAGCGCGGUUCGGUCGCUUCUAGUCAGGGUGAUAGCGUGACUAGCCUCAAUUCGAUCAUGUCCUUAGAUUAGCAGCGCUCAUGACAGCAG